AUGAACUAUAACGUUAUUAAAGCAUUAGAUCAAGAAGAAACAGGUGACCUUAUUAAAUACUUUAAUUAUACAGAUGGAAUACUUGAAGCUAAUUCAGGUGUUCAUGAUAAUAAAUGUUUAUCAAUUGAUUCAUCUGAUCCACCAUGUCCUGUACAAAAAGGAAUGUAUACAAAAUUAAAAUUAACAGAUGAAUCAAUUCAAAUUACAAAUAUAGAUAAAUCAUCUAUUACAGCAUUAGUUAAUAUUAAAAUUAAACCAAGUUCACAAUUUUGGAAUGAAUUAAAAGCACCAGGUAUUUCAAAUCCAGAAUUUGAUAAUAAAUGUGAAAGUAUAAAAAAUCAAACAGUUGUAUUCUUUGUAGGAUUAAAAUCAUCAACACAUUUAUUUGAUGCAUAUAGAGUAUAUUCAAGAAAUAAGAAAACAGCAUGUGAACAAACAGAAGCAUUAUAUGAAAAUGCAGCUAUUAGAAUGUUAAAAGCACAAGAAGAAUUAGAUUAUAAACCAGGAAUUUAUACACAAUGGGAAUCAGCAUAUAAUAUGGAAGAUAAUAUUUGUGGAUGUUAUAUAUCAAUGGAAGAAUUUAUUAAAUCACCAGAUAAUACAGUUGAAAAAGAAUUUGAAGUAAUUAUUCCAAUAGAUGAUUUAUUACCAUUUGCUGCUAUGAAAAUGUUUCCUAAUGCAUUAUUUGGAAAUUUAACACUUGAAGUUAAAAUGGCAAUUCAACAAAAUUUUGUUAUUUGUCAAUGUAAACAAGAAACAAUAUUAAAUAAAAUUUCACAUAUUUCAUCAUCUUCAUAUAGUGGAUCAGAUGAAAUAAAAGAUAAUAUAACAGAAGUAAUUAAAAGUGAUAUAUAUAAUAUAAUUAAAAGAAAUGGAGAAUAUCAUGCAUUUACACAAAUAGGUGAUUCAUUUAAUGUUCAUUCAUUUACUGGUGCAUUACGUGAAUCACAAAAUAUUAUUGUUGGAAAAGAUACAACAGUAAGUUUUAUGAUAACAGAUGGAAGUUUAAAAUAUUGUAGAACAAAUAUUAAUGGAUUUAAUAUUAAAGAUAGUAUAUUAAAUGAAUUAAUAGAAAAAUAUCAAACAAAAGAAUUAAUUAUUCCUUCUCAAUAUGUUGAUUAUCAAGCAUUUUCACAAAAACCAAUGACUAAUGGUUUAAAAUGUAAUACUACUUAUGCUAUGACAAAUGUAAGUUCUUUAAUGUUUUUAUUCCCUAGAACAACUAAUGAAGUAACAUGUAGUAGAAAUCCUUUAUUAGCAUCUUUACAAUUACAAAUUGAUAAUAAACCUUAUCCUGAUAAACCAUUUUCAUCUAUAGAAAAAUCACAUACUAUUUAUAAUAUUACUAAUGCUGGUUUAGAUAAUUUAUUCUCUCCUUCAAAAGAAUUUGCUUAUUCAUUAGAAUAUAAUGAAAUAGAUACUAAUUCAAUUAUAGGAAAAGCAGGAAAUGGAAAAUAUAUUCCACCACUUAAAGAUAAUACAUCAUAUUGUUUCUUAUGUAGUACUGAAAGAUUAAGUGGUUAUGGUACAUUUUGUGAUGGAAUUACUAAAGAUAAUGCUCAUGUAACACUUUCUGGAACUUUAUUAAUUCCUAAUAAUGAACAUCCUUAUAUUACUAAUCCUUUAACUAAAGAAUCAAAUGAUAGAUGUCCAAUUAUGCUUGUAUGUCAAGAUUGUUUCUGGAGAUGUACAUUACAAGGUGGUUGUGAAUAUAUUUGUAAUAACAAAUAUUUUGUUAAAGAAAAAACAGGAACAGAUUAA